UUGCAUCGAACUUUUACGAAACGGUGGCUCUUUCAUUCGUUAUUAACAAUCUAGAGCUACAAGUUUGACAGCAUCUUAAACCAUUGCGCUGAUCGCGCUUUAUUCAUAACCGCCUCGAUCUUUCGUCAAAGUACUUGUGGAUUUUAUGUGUGUAACAUAUGUGUGUGUGUGUGUGUGUUUGUGUGUGUGCGUAUGUUAAUUAAACAAUGUAAUAUAUAAUAAUACAAGUGUGAACAGAUCAAACUUCUUGGCAGUAUUUUUAAUCCCAGUGUAAAAACUCUGUUUCCCCUUUUCGACUAAACGGAAGUGAAUUCUUACGAAGUUAUGUUUUUCUGGCGAUAUAGGGUAAAAGCGUGUGUUUAUGUUAUACAAAUUUUCUUCCGAAAAGUGAUUGUUCGUUGAAUAGUGUGAAAAACGUUACGUCGUGCGGUAACAAAGUGUCGUUUCUUCCAAUCCGAAAAUCUACUGGCAGUUUGUAAACUUUUUGCAUUCCGUCUAUGUACGGGUAAUGAAAAAGCUCCUCGCGUGAUCAGGUUUUCGUCUAGCAAUCAACUUCACAGCCGCAAUCAAGUGACAACCGAACUGUGUGGUUUUAAAAGUCCAUGCAAUUGCUUUUUGAUAAGGGGAAAAUUGGCGCACUCAACCAAACCUGCACGUAGAAGCAAAAAAGCAGAAAAUACAACAGCUUUACUUUUAUAGUUCAAUUCAUCGUUCCAUUCCAGCCUAAAAGUGGAGUACUCUCUUGAUUACAAGGAAUCCAGAUAUAGACUUCAUCUGGAUUCAUCUCAUGCUCAAACAAUGACCUCAACUGAUCGUCCAGCCGGAGGUGCUCUAGCAUUGCACUACGCUGCAGCUCGUGGUUGUCUGGAUUGCGUUCGCUUACUAACUGAAGCUGCACCUGACAUUAGUGCUAAUACACAAAUGGACAAUGAUGUUACGCCAGUUUACUUGGCUGCGCAGGAAGGUCACCUGGAGGUUUUAAAGUUUCUUGUCCUUGAGGCAGGUGGAUCACUUUAUGUACGAGCUCGUGAUGGUAUGGCUGCCAUUCACGCUGCCUCGCAAAUGGGUUGUCUCGAUUGCCUUAAGUGGAUGAUUGAAGAUCAGGCGGUGGACCCAAAUCUACGUGAUGGUGAUGGUGCAACACCUUUACAUUUUGCAGCAUCGCGAGGACACUUGAGCGUGGUGCGAUGGUUAUUAAAUCAUGGUGCCAAAUUGUCACUGGAUAAAUAUGGAAAAAGCCCUAUCAAUGAUGCGGCUGAGAAUCAACAGGUCGAAUGUUUGAACGCAUUGAUACAGUAUGGAAAUAAAAAAGAAGGUAACAGAGUAGAGUCUCAGGAUAAUCAAUUGAUGCCUAGUCAGCACCGCUAUGCAUUAGAAGAUGCCUAUCAGUCUCAAGCAAUGCCAGAAUCAUCAGCAAAACAGACACGAACGCGUAAAGCCUUGGUUGGGACUCAUGCACACGCUGGAAAGGCACUCACUGCUGGUCAUGAUUAUAAUCACCAUAAUAACACGAUGAAAUCGUCAAAAUCUUCGACGGGCAGCUCAGAUUCCGAGCCAUUUUAUUUACAUCCUCCAACUAUAAGUAAAACAAAGGAUGGUCUGUAUUCUCGCCUCACACCAGAUAGCUAUUAUGACCCAGUGUUAUCAAAUGAUGGAGUCUAUGUGAAUCCUAUGCGUCAUGGGUCCACAACGCCACCCAGCCCGAGUGGCAGUGUUUCUGGAGAAUCCUUUUUUUUGCACGACCCCCAAGAUGUUAUUUACAACCGUGUCAAAGAUUUAUUUGAUGCAGAUAUUACUAUAAAGGAGGAUAAUGUCAACAACAAUCGAUCAAUAGUGCUAGCGGAAGUACACUCUAGUAGCAGCGGAGCCGCCAGUGGUUCAGAUGAGGAUCUCUCCGUGUCUUCUUCGCAUUCCGAUGGCGAUGGUAUAGUUGGCAGUAGUGGAAUUUGUAAUGGUAGUAGUAUCGGUGGCAUUGCUAAAGAUAUAGGAGACGCAGGUGGAAAAUGUGACUCAGUAGUUGGUGUCAUCAACAACAAUCAAAAGUUAUCAAACGAUAACACAGCAAGCCAUGAGCAUGACUAUGAAGAUAUCUAUCUUAUGAGAGAUGAAACGCAGUUGGCGGGUAGUACCUCUACUAGAAAUGCAAUUGGGAGGAGCCGUUCUAGAGACAGUGGUUCCCAUAGUCGAUCGGCGAGUGCUAGCUCAAAUAGAAGUGAUAUUGCUCUACAGCUGACUGGCAACACUAAUGAUCAGUCGCUGAUGAACAAUAAUAAGGAACAUAUGCUGCUGGCGAAACGCAACAAUUUAUUGCAUGAACAUCGACGAAACCAACAUGAGGCGAAGCUUCUUUCAAAAUCAAUGUACACCAUGGGCAAGAGCAACAUUGACCCGAGUCAAACAUUUUCUGGAGCUGCUUCGCAGCGUAAGCAUGCCGAAGACUACCCCAUAAGUACAAUCCGUUCUUCUUGCACCAUAGAUAAUGCCUACGAAAGUGUAUGUUCACCUGAGGAUGUAUACGAGAGAACAGCAGAUAUGGAAAUUGGUGUGAAACAGCUGAAACGCUCCCAAUCUCACCAGUUUCUUAAUUUAUUAGCCAACUCUAAUAUUUCACGGGAAACAAAUGGAACAACCGUUAUUAUAAAUAGUGUCACUAACGGAACAGAUACACAUUCAACAACUAUGUCCACAUCGCCAUCGUCAGCCAAACAAAUCGAAGAAACACAAAUUGAAGGAAAAGAAAAUACAGGACCUCCACCCCCUCCACUACCUCCACCAUUAAAAGCAAGCAGCUAUGGUAAUAGCGGACAUAAACCAAUUCAUGUUGCAGCUGCUGCAUCAGGCGCAACAGCACCAAUUGCAUCUUCUCGACACUCAACAGACCAGCAGAUCGGUGCAACAUAUGGCGAACAACAAAAGUACCUGAAUGGUAUACACAAAUUCGUUCUUUUCCGUGAAGGAGACAGUCACGAAGAAUGCGCAGAAUUGAACAGAUCACAACAUCAUGAUUCAGAUUCCGGACUAGAAGUAUUAGAAGAAUCUACUCUCAAACCAUCAGAUCUGAUUCGUGGGAACCACAAUCGUAGCAUGUCAACUAUUACAGCGAAUAAGAAAGCCAAACUAAUUCAAGCCAACGGCUGUGGUGAAGGUAAUGGUGGCGAAUACAACCUACAUAGUCAAUGUGCACCUGAAAAUAGCUCACCAUACGGCUCCAAGGCAUCCCGCGCCGCACCAGUAGCGUCAGUCGACGUCCAGCUCUGCCAUCAGCAACAUCACCAUCAACCGCGGCUUGUUAACGUCCAGCCAGUAACACCAAACAACCUUCAGCAUCAGGGACCUAACUUGGUGAAUAAGCAGUUGGUCCUACCAUUUGUGCCACCCAGUUUUCCAAAUGGUACAAGUGACGGCUCGAACCAUCUGAUCAAACCAUCAGAAUAUUUAAAAAGCAUCAGUGACAAAAAAUCAAAUGCAGGCUCGCAAAGAUCAUCUGAUACUGAGGAGUAUAUGCCAUUGAACACUGCCCUCAUUGUGCAGGCGGGAUCGGAGCCGCCGAAACCGCCCCCGCCACCACCAGCGCCCCCUCUUCUCAACCACAAUAACGCUACAAUCGCUGGCACGGCAACCCUAAACUCCACUCUGCCGCAUAACAAUACAGCAGGCGGGACCCGAUUAGGCGAACCAGCAUCCAGCGAGAAGGCACAACGCAGCGGAGUGCAUCCACCGCCUCCUCCACCACCCCAAGACACAAAUAUUCGCAAACUACACCAGCCGCUCUCGGCCAUCUCUAUUCAAGACUUAAACAGCGUUCAGCUACGACGGACUGACAAGAUGCUCGCCAAAACUUACUCAGCUCCAACACGCAGUAUAAGCAUGCAGUGUUUAUCAAGCACCACCGAACAAUUCCUUUCUCAGAAGACCGACCUAAUAGCUGAGUUAAAGUUAUCGAAGGACAUUGCUGGAGUGAAGAAGAUGAAAGUGGAGCGAGCUAAACUCGAAGAUCGCCAAGCGACUGAAGUUUACUCAGAAGUAACACGUCAGUUCACCGCUCAGAACUAUGUUGAUCAGCCUUAUCAUACAGCUGAUAAGAUUUUUCAGGUACCUGAGCGCGAUAAUGCUGGAAAUGUAAUUCCCGAUUGGAAGCGUCAGAUGUUAGCAAAAAAAGCGGCAGAAAAGGCUAAAAGAGAGUUUGAAGAACGGUUGGCGCGAGAGGCUGAGGAUCGUCGAUUGUCAGCGAUUCCGAAAUGGAAAAGAGACCUCAUUGCACGCAAGGAAGAAGCAGAAAAUAAAUUGAAGUCAUCAAUAUACACGCCAAAAGUAGAGGAGUUGCAGCGCCGAUCAGAUUCAUGGCGCACCCGGAUCACUCAAAGGGCCAUGUCAAUCGAUAAUAUUAGUUCAUACGGCUCAGAAUCAGAAAUGGGUCUGCUGCGCUAUAAUAAGGAGAACCAAUAUCAAUUCCAAGCUUCCAAUUCUUCAGGAUCUGGAUACUUUGGACAAGGAAGCGUUAGCACUGGUAAAAUAAUGCACGGUGUUUCGGGAGGCACUGUAAGUCACCAAAUACCCGGCAACGGCAGGCGUUGUUCUAUAGAAAAUAUUAGCAAUGCAAAGCUCGAAGGCGGAACUGCUCAUGGAUAUCACCUACCUGAUGUAACAUCACCCACACAGUGUGAUUCUGUGUGUGGUAAUGAGGACAACAAUGACAGUGAGCAGAUUAUCCCGUGGCGAGCUCAUCUCCGGAAAACUAAUAGUCGACUCUCUCUCAUUGGCUAAGCGCUGUUUUAUGAAUAAACCUGUAAUAAACGAAACUGGAGACUAAAAAGAAGGUAGAGAACAGAAACGAAAUUUUACCAGGCGUCCAUUUUGCCUAUAGUCAUCGUAUAGGGUUUCCCAAGGUUUUUAGUUGCUUCCCGAAUUUGUUUGGUUGUUUCCCAUAUAUUUUUUGUCUGUGUUCUCUUAACGAUGUGUUCUCUGCUACGAUUUUUGUACAUUCCUCUUAAUUGUUUGGUUCAAUUGUAUUGAUGUUCAAUGGGUGUUGAUGUUCAAUUGACGAUACAAAUGAAUCGUGGGAAUGAACCAAACAUCUAUGGGAAAUGGUUAAUAUAUCGUGAGACAAUCCCAAACAAUUACGGGCGCCAAUCAAUAAAUUGUGGGAAACCCUGUUCAAAUUUGUUGCACGAUUCUCUACAACUUAUGCAUGUAAGAAGGUUUUCAUAGAAAGCAUUGUACGUGGCGGGUUUAACAGUAAGCGGACUAAGAGAAUGCCAAGGGUUAUCCCGCCUUUUUGUGCCCCGAAGAUAUUAAGUCCAGCAUAUGUUUUCCAUAUAGUCUAUGAAGGUUCUAUAGUUGAAUUCCAGUUGAAAAAGUAGUAGUUGUGACUCACCUUUACUACGAAUAAUUGAUAAACAACAACAAUAAUAAUAAUAAUAAUAAUAAUAAUAAUAAUAAUAAUAAUAAUAAUAAUAAUAAUAAUAAUAAUAAUAAUAAUAAUAAAAUGAAAAAAAAAACUAUUGCACUUACAAACUACUAUUCAUACAGUUGCAAAUCAGUCCUAAGCUAAUGCAUUUACUUAUUCACUACAGUAAUAAGUCGCACUUAUCAACGCACUUCCCUCCCUUCCUCUUUUUUAAUAUUCUAUUAACCGUUUGGACCUAGACACCCUAAACUCGCCACUGUACUGUUUAUAUGUAAUAGUUGUAAGAUAGAACAAAUAGUUUAAUAGAAAUGGAAAAAGACUUCGAUGAACUGAUGUAGAAAUUAAGAAAAGAAAAAAACAGAGGAAUAUCAAAAAAGAAAACUAAUAACCUAAGAUUUCGUUUGCAAUAUUAUCAUCAACGAUGUACUUGUUACUAUAAUUGUCAUCAUAAUUAUUGUUACUUUAUUAUAAUUAACUACGGUUGGUUUGGUUAAUCUUCUUAAUAUACAUGUUACAAUCAUUAUCUAUUCAUCACAUUAUUAUUGAUACGUUAUUUUUAAUACCCAUCACAAUAUUUUUUUCACAUUUAUAUCAUAUGAAAUCCCUAAACUUACCAUUUCUAAAUUGCUUUCUUGCAUUCUCCGUUUGGUUCCUUUUUGUUGAUAGGUAUUGAAAACAAAAUAAACAAUACAAAAUUAUUAAAACUGUAUUAACUUGACUUAGAUAGUCUCUUUAACCUUCAAAAAAAGGAUAAAAAGAUGUAGCAUGGUUUUAUUUCAGCUUUAGACCUUUAUGUUUACAAAAUAUCAUAUAUAUGAUCUGUGAAAAAUAUAUCUGGUUUACCUGAUAUCAUAUGAAAACAAAUAGUAGCAUCAUUUAGCCAAGAGCAACACACAUCUGACAAAUUUGGAAAAACUUGAGAUUUUCAACUGUUUUCUUAUCUUAGGAAAAGUGAUAAUAUAAAUAAAAAAUAAAGUUUAUUCAUGACGGAGUAAAAUUAAAAAAAAAAACAGAUCAACAAACUGCUGUUUUAUUUUCAUAUAAUUUUUGUUACAGUUGACGGUCAUUUGAACUAAAAUAUGUCCCUCAAUUUGUUUUACCUGUAAGUUCAUGUAAAUGUUACUUUAUGCUUAGUCGAAAUAUGUUGUAGUCGUUGAAAACUAUAGAUAAAAAUACAUAAACUUUAUUACUAAAACGUAUCAUUAACGGUAACACGUAUACAUAAAAUAAAACGCAGAUACGGAGGACGGAGACCCGCUCGACGUCCUAUCUUGGCGAGCGCUGAUGAGAGAAGGAAAUAAGAGCCCGCAGGAUACACUGACACCAACAGGUGACAGUCCGUAACCUGUGAGUGGUGUUAAGCCUAGCACGCACUAGACACAGUUCCCACAUUUCGCCAUGUGUCACCACAAUAAAAUACAAUCAAAAUUAUUGUUCAAUACCGCUCACCUGGGUGAACCUAACAGAUCUCCAACAAAUAAAUUCAACUGACUCUUCCUGAGAGCCGCUAUAUGUUUUAGUGACAAUUAUACCGUUUUGCUAAUGUAAAUAGAUCGGGGUAAGGAACGUGCCACUGCUAUCAACCCGUCAACCCACAAGGGGCAUGUUUUCUGCAACAAAACUAGUAUGAGUCGCUUCAU